UUUUCCGCGGGGAGCGGGCGGCAGCGGCGGAGCAUCCCCGGGCGGAGCAUCCCGGGCGGAGCAGCCCCGGUCGGGCCGGCCCCGAUGGCCCCGCGGGUGGCGGCGGGCGGGCGCUGAGCGGGACCCGCGGAUGCCGGGCGGGGGCCGGGCGGUGCGGGCAGCGGGGGGCCGCGACCCGGGGCUCGCCGCGCCCCUCCGGCCCCCCAGGGCCGCGGGGAGCCCGGCCAUGGGCGUUCGGCUGCCCCGUGGCGUGUUGGUACCUGCGGGAGGGCGCCCCGUGGAAAGUCCCUUCUUCCCAUGAGCAGCGCCUGCUCCCGGCGCGGGGCGCUCGCCAUGGACACUAUGAAAACCACCUACAUCGUGCUGGAGCUCAUCAUCGCCGUGCUCUCCAUCGCUGGCAACGUGCUGGUCUGCUGGGCUGUGGCCAUCAACAGCACCUUGAAGAACGCCACCAACUAUUUCUUGGUGUCGCUGGCCGUGGCCGAUAUCGCCGUGGGAUUGUUGGCCAUUCCUUUCGCCAUCACCAUCAGCAUCGGCUUCCAGGUGGAUUUUCACAGCUGCCUCUUCUUCGCCUGUUUCGUGCUGGUGCUGACCCAAAGCUCCAUUUUCAGCCUGCUGGCCGUGGCCAUCGACAGGUACCUGGCUAUUAAGAUCCCACUGAGGUACAACAGCCUGGUGACGGGCAAGCGGGCGAGGGGACUCAUCGCAGUGCUGUGGCUCCUGUCCUUUGGGAUUGGACUGACCCCUCUGAUGGGCUGGAACAAAGCCAUGAGUGGCUGUCCCAACGCCACCAACGAGACAGGGACAGAGCCCCACGGCUGCUUCAUCUCGUGCCUCUUUGAGAACGUGGUGACCAUGAGCUACAUGGUCUACUUCAACUUCUUUGGCUGCGUGCUGCUCCCGCUCCUCAUCAUGCUGGGGAUCUACAUCAAGAUAUUCAUGGUGGCCUGCAAGCAGCUGCACCAGAUCGAGCUGAUGGGCAACUCCAGGACCACCCUGCAGAAGGAGGUCCAUGCAGCCAAGUCUUUGGCCAUCAUCGUGGGGCUUUUUGCCUUCUGCUGGCUGCCCCUGCACAUCUUGAACUGCAUCACGCACUUCCACGAGGACUUCUCCAGAUCCAAGCCCGAGUGGGUGAUGUACGUGGCCAUCAUCCUGUCCCACGCCAACUCCGUCAUCAACCCCAUCAUCUACGCCUACAGGAUCCGGGAUUUCCGCUGCACCUUCCGCAAGAUCCUCUCCAAGAUCCUCUGCAAGGCCGACGAGUUCCCCAAGUGUCCCUCUGAGCACAACCAGCACCUGACUGUCAUCAACAUCAGCUCCCCCGCGGCCUCGGUCACCGUGUGACCCAGCCCUGCUGCCCCGCUCCAGCCCGGCCCUGGCACUGCCCCUCGGGGUGCCAGCAGUGCCAGGAGUGCUCCGACAUGAGCACGAUGCACUCGUGCAGCUGUGGUUUUAUUUUUAUUUUUGUAAUGAACGUGGUGCCUGGCAGAGGAGUGACCUGAGCGGGGACACCGAGCGCCCUCCUGCAGCCCCAGGGGGUGUGAGAGCUGUGAUCCUGUUGUGUUUCCUUUCCAGGUGUUUCCCUUCCAGGUUGGACACUGACUGGGGAAGACUCACCUGCUGGGGGGGUGUUUCCCCAAUUGUGCUGCUCAUGUCAAGUC